AUUGCAUAUUCUUAACUUGUCCAGGUGCUGGACGAGCUGAACCUGACGGUGGAGGCGAUGUUGAUGCCGGAGCAGGGCGGACCAGAGCUGAGUGCUGCGGACGAGCUGCUGAGUCCCGCCACCUGCAGUCUGGACAGUGGCUUUAGCGGGAGCAGCACUGGGACCAACAGCCUGGGGCGUAACCCUCCCUCCACGCCCAAGACGAAGAAGGCACCCCCAUUCUGGAAGAAACUGCCAGGGCUCCAUCCAAGCAGCAGUACCCCCAGCCCGAGUAAAACUCUUGAUGAGGCUAGGUGUGUGUCGAGCUCCUGGGACGAAAGUUCUCGUGACCAAUCACAACGCAGCUCCGGCUCUGAGCCCGAUCUGUCCUCCGGAGACGAGAGUAACAAGAGCGUGGACGCAAGACAGAACACAAAGGGCAGGUCGCUAUGGAGGCGCAAUUCGCCCUCUCCCGACCCCCCACCUCCACCUCCACCUGGACGAUUGUCUCGGUGGUUCAGCAUUCGAAGGGGCUCUCAGUAUGAUCUUGAGAACAAGGAACGAGGCAAAAUGCCUCUUCUACCCGAGGUGGAGGAGGAAGGGAACCUGACCCACCGUCGACUGAUGCCUCCCACCCUGCCCCCUCCCCCACCUCACCUCAGUCCUCAGGAGCUCAAGCGGAGACACAUCAUGGCUGCCAUCGUCCACUCAGAGAACUCGUACCUGGCCACCCUCCACCGCCUUGUCAAUGACUACAAGAAACCAUUAGAGGAGGCAAGUCCGGCGAUCCUGAGUGCCUCCAAGAUCUCUACCCUGUUCCACCGCCUUCCGGAGAUAUUGCAGUGUCAUACACUCUUCCGGAUAGCACUGGCAGAGGCAGUGAGCAACUGGGACCGUGACCAUCGCAUCGGUGAUGUCUUUGUGGCUUCCUUCAGUAAAGCCAUCGUGCUGGACAUCUACAGUGGCUUCAUUAACAACUUCAGCGUGGCCAUGGAGCUGGCGAGAGCGGAGACCAAACGAAAGGCUGCUCUUGCAGAGUUCUUCAAAGCUCGCCAAGUAUCCUCUCACGACCGGCUGUCUUUCUUCGGCCUCAUGGUCAAACCUGUCCAGAGGUUUCCUCAAUUUAUACUCUUCCUCCAGGACCUGCUACACCACACAGGGCACGGCCACCCUGAUCGCAUGUCCCUGCAGUUGGCACUCACACAGCUCGAGAGUCUGGCCGAGCUGCUCAACGAGCGUAAGCGUGAGGCCGAACAGAGCCAGGCGUUCCGUGAGAUGUUACGAGCUAUCUCGGGAAAGCUGAGUGCCAAGAAUAUUGGUGACAACAACCGAUGUUUGCUGCGUCAAGACGAUGUUACUCAGAUGGAGGUGAACCAGUGUGGACUGAUCAGCCAGUACAAGAGCCGGAGAUUGCUGCUCCUCAACGACUUGUUGGUCUGUGUGUCUGUCAGCAGCAAGCAGGAGAAUGUCAACUCUGGCCCUCAACGACUCAACCUCAAGUGGAGCUGUCCCAUAUCUGAUGUUCAGGUGGUAGAGACCAAUACCUCCCCCACUCUGAGCAGGCUGCUGCCACCGAAUGGUUCCCUAUCCUCCAACGGUGUGACGGAGAACCUGUGCUCAGAAAUGAGCCGUCUGAUGCAGGAUUACCAAGUGGUCAGCAGGAUAGCAGAACUUGCGUCAAAACUACACGGCUCAUAUCCGGAGCUGAGUGUGGAUGUGACUAGAGGUCUGCUCAACUCCAUCCAGUGUCAGAUCCAACACAAGGAUGACCAGAUGGCUUGGGUGGAUUCGUGUUGUCUACAGCUGUCACUCAGGAAUAAGGAUGACACUUACACCUUCCAGAUGGACAGCCCAGAGGCCAGGAAGGAGUGGAUCACAGAGCUGAGGCUUGCGAGACUAGCCCUGGACCCGAGCAACAGCCCAGCGUGGGAAGUGCCCGACCAAGAGGCUCGGCCCUGCACCAAGAUGCCACUGUUUGUGGCGGCUCACCCUGUGUACACUUCACAGCAGCAAUCGGAGGUGGUGUGUGGUUGUUAUUACACAGCGACCUGUGGGAAGUCCUAUCUCUGGGUGUGCACGACAGACGGUACCAGCAGUCACAUCAGUAUUGCACACGCGGCGCAAACCGUCCUCAAGCCUCUCACGCAGUUCACCAUGCCCGACAUCCGGGUCACGGCGAUGGAGUACAUCCGUGGUGCAGAGGCCGUUUGGAUCGGCACGCAGUGUCAGCAACUGCUGGUGUACAGUGUGGCCGAGGUGGAACACCCAGAGCAGACUCACAGUUUGGCACUGUCCGGCAACGUGGUGUCCAUCAGGCAACACUGUGACAGUGUAUUCGUCUCCAUGACGACCGGCAGCCUGCUGGUGUUCCGCAGACAACAGCUGAGCGAGCCCGAGGAGAUCGUGCUGGGCAGUGAGCCUGUCAGCUGUUUGCUCCCUAUCAACCUCAGUUUGUACGCAGCCUGCGGCAAGACUGUCACCGUGCUACGAGCCAUCACAGGCGAGAUACAGAAAAGUUUCACUAUCCAACAUGAACAUGUGGGUGGCAACGUGAACCUCAUGGCAACGUCCGGAGUCGGCCUCUGGUUGUCUCUUACCCACUCUAGCACCAUCUGUCUGUACCAUACGGAGACCUUCAAACACCUGCAGGACAUUAACGUUGCGUCAAACGUGGUCCGCCUGACAGGCUCUCAGGCUCCAGUGGCCGUGACGGCUCUGAUGGCUUGCAAGGGGCUGCUGUGGGUGGGAACGGACGCAGGUGUUAGUCUUACUGUGCCACUGCCCCGCCUGGAGGGGGUGCCCAUCAUCAGUGGGCGAGUGAGUGUGUCGUACCAUGCUCAUGUCGGACCCACCCGCCUGCUGCUCCCUCUGCAGGACCCCCCUACCAUUCUCAAGCGCCCACCCAGCAAGGCACUGGCCUGUGACAUCUAUGGCCUCUACGGACAGCUCAUGUAUGUCAAGGACUACGAUGAUACUGAUGAAAGAUUGGACAUGUCGCACUGGUCACUGUCAACCAGCUCAGAGGAGAGCUCAGCCCCCCGCCACCAGACCCCUGAGCCCCGCCGAGAACACACACUAGUUACUGUGACGGGGGGUCGGGGCUACGUGAACCUGCAGCAGCCUUGCUGUACGACCAUUACCAACAACGCCCACAUUCUGCUGUGGGAAAUGAAGCUGUGAUCUCGCGGUGGCAGCCCUGUCAGUGGCAGACUGUUGUACCGCAGCCCCCGACUGUCUGCCGAACGGUGGUUACCGUUGUGCUGCAACUCUUAUCUCUAUCUUCCUCAUUCUGUCAUCCUCUACAUGUACUGGUAGCUUAAUACUCAGUCUGUGAGUAGCUCUCCAAACUGGAAAAUUCUUAGUUUUGUUUUUAGUUUGAACACUGAAUUUAGUGUGAUACUUUUUUCAGUUUUCACCUUGACUUAUUCUGUAAUAGCAAUAUUUUUUUUCAACAGAUAAAAGUAACUACAAGUAACAAAUUGUUAUUGAAGAAAGUCAUGACGAUUGUGAAAAGUUGAGAACGAGCAAGCUGUGAUUUUUAUACCCUGUGUUCAAUAUGCACUGUUGCUGUUGUAAUCGUUAGAUAGAGAUAUAUUCUUAGAUACACUAUAUAAGCUAGUUUACAGUGUUAUUACGGCCAAAGAGUCACACGUGUUAGGUUAGGUGUAACCUAGUUUGGAAUGGCUGAUUAAUAACUUUUAAUCUGUUCUUUACUGCAGCUAUUAAGUUUAUGUUCUUUCCAAACUUUGGCACACACACAUUUUUGUCUAUUUUCAAUUAUUUUAUAUUAUGAUUCAAUUUGUUUGUGAUUACUUUUCUUUGAUUUAGACUAAAAAUGAAAGAUUGUAACCAUUCACAUAAAUGUUUUAAAUAGAACGUAUCCACAGCCAAAAUCCAGUAUGUUUGUUCUAGCUUUGUGUGUAAAAUUUAAAAAACGUGGUACAUUGAUAUUUUUUCUAUUCAUUCUAUUUAUCUAGUAUACAAAUUUUUUUAUUUGUUUCGUGUUUGUCUAACUGCUUGAAUAUCUUUUUUGUUAAGUUAGUAAUAACGAACAGUUCAUUUAAGUACAAAGCUCUUUAUUUUAUAUUGUGUAGUACAAAAGCUUCCUUAUUUAACAUUAACUAAUUUUUAUGUAUAUUAAUAUACAUUUUCACUAAUUCUGAUAAUUUACGUUAUUAGAUUGUUUCUCUGCUCUUUUGUUUAUUUUUUAUUCUGAGAAGUAUUUCCCUUGAAGUAAAUACUGUAUUUUUUCCAUUCCUGAACAUAUUUUUCUAUUGUCUUAGUGUCAUGAUAACAGAAUAUAACUUAUUUGAUUUGAUAACUUGUCGAGAACAUAUCACAGAUUUGUGUAACAAAUGUUUGUGCACUGUUGGAGACUGAUGACGUGCCUGUGUGGAUAACGAAUCCUUUCUUUU